UUUGUCAAUCGUUUUUUAUAAAACUGUUUUGUUACAAUUAUUUCUUUCUUAUUUCAAUCAGUACAAAGCUGUCCAUAAACGAAAUGAUACGUUCAUAAUCAUAACAUAUCUGAAUGGUUCGCGAAUAAAAUUAAAAAUAGUAACAGAAUAUGUUCACCCACAUAUUCAGGCUGGUGGAUACGAGCGUACGUCGAGAAGAAGAGCGAGAGACAUCUUCAUGAUCGUUAACAAGUUUUAGAUUUUAAGCAUGACUCACUAAGUACCAGUUAUUAGGAGCUUUUCUUAGUUGUUUUCGUUAUUGAAAAAAACCUUCCGUUUUAAUUGUGCAACCAACCAUGGUUGGAGCAGGAGAAAACGAUAACACCGGCUAUGACUACCAAAUAGGAACAAUGAUUUAUUUAGCUGAUAAAAUGCGGGCGCAGAAGGAUCUUGUAGCUAAGUUUGACAUUGGAAGCGCUGUGAAAGGUAACAAUGUUCCUGAAAAUUCACGCCAUGCUUUCGAUGAUGUUGUCAUCUAUGCCGAACUCGUAAAUGGCAGCAAGAUCAUCACCAUGCUGCAGGUUAAACAUUCGAUAAAGCAGAUUGAUGAAGAAUAUCUUUGUCAUAAUUCUAAGACGUACGUCCUCAAAUAUUUCAAAUCAUUUUUGGAGCUUAAGAAAUAUAUAAGAGUAGAUGAACUGGUGGAACUCAUUAUAUGGACAAACAUGCGUAUUGCGGACAAGGUUAAAAAUUGGUUUGAAAAAUACGAUCCACUUGACAUGGAUAGAGACGUUAUAGGAGCUGAUGGUAAUUUGAAAUACCAACGACAUCGAUUCAACGUUGAAAAAUUUUCAAAAUUGGCGCAGAACUUCCUUCAAGAUGCUCACCCACGAACCAGCUUAGUCGAAAAGUUUGUCGAUACUUUGUUCAAAAAGGACGAAUGGAAUUCAGGGCGGGCCGCGAAAAACUUUCACAGCAUUAUGGCCAGCGAAAUAAUCGAUUGCAACCUGUCGGACUCCAAAUUCAAGCCAGGUUUUAUUAACGGACAGGAAUUGCACCCCGAGACAAUGGAAUUUCGUCAUUGCUUUGAAAAGAUUAUGACGAGAAAAUUUUCUGAGAAGAAACUUGGUACGUUUUCAAUGACUGAAUUGAAUAGCGCCAACUACCGAACCCAUUUUCAGCUGAAAGUAGAUGGCGACUUCAAAGUAGGAAAAACCCCAGAAUGGAAAGAGUGGAAGGACGUGCCAACAGAAAAGGAUUUGAAUGAUUUCUAUGAACGAUUCGUAUUUUAUGUGAAAGUGCCAGACCUGUCAGAACUAAGGAAAAUGCUUUGCGAAUCAGUAGAUAAUUUUGAAGACUUUCUUAGGAUGAUGAGCGAUCGUGCAUUUAAGAGAAUGGUCACUGACAGGCAAAUUGAGAACAUGUUUCAGUUAUUAAGUCUCCGUCAUGAUAUGAACUGCGGUCCGUUUAUGAAGCUGAAAUUCAAAGAUAUAGGCAGGCUUAAACAAGAGGUGCACAAUUAUUUAUCUCAAUCGCCUUCCAUGCCAUAUUUGAUGAUUAGGGCAAGUCAAGAUGUGGAUUGCACUCUUUCUCGACUAAUAUCAGUAGUUGAAAGUUACCUUGCCUGUGGUGAUGGGAUACCUAAGUAUUUAGUGUUGAGUCCAGGCAGCUUGGAAAGAAAUUGGCCGAAAAUUGAAAAGAUUCUAACCGAUGAACAAAACUUAAAGUGUUUGAUCAUCACGUCGAUCCAAGACAGUGCACAAGAGGACGAGGUGAAAACUAAACUUGAGAAGUUCAAAGUUUCAGUAAUUCUGGUUGGAGAAUACUUAUGUAAAGGCUUCGAUGAUGAAUUUGACGUUAGCUUACUAACCGAAAAGUGUAAGAAUGAAAUCUUCGACAGGAAAAUUGUAUUAUUUGGAAAACGUCUGACUGCUUAUGGAAUUCUUGGCGACGACAUUUUUAGGAAAGAGAACUUUCCCUUGGUACUCGAGCUUCAUCGAAAUGAGAUAAUUUUGGGGAGUAAUGCUUUGGCACGGAACGUAAACUUCAUCGAACGAAUAAUAAAAAGCGAUAGUGCAAAUGAUUUCAAGUAUGAAGAUGAUAAGCACUCUCGAAUCAUUUUAUCGGACCAAGCAGGAAUGGGUAAAAGUACGGAAAUGAUAAACAUCGUCAUUAAGCUUCGUGAGCAUAAAAAAUAUAAGGACCAUUUAGUAAUUUACUUCGACUGUAAAGUCGCGAUAAGAUAUGUGCAAUUUGACGGAUAUGAACUAAUUUGUAAGCUGAUGAAUGUCGACACGCAAGCUGAAAAAUGUCUCAUAAAGUGCAUAAUACAGAAGAAGAAAAUUAUUUUGUUGCUGGAUGGUGUCGACGAAGUCAGCAGGAAAUCGCGAGAUGAUUUGAAAUCAUUAAUUCAGAAAAUUAAAAAUCUAGAGUUGUUGAAAUUUUUCAUUGCAACUCGGCCCCAUUGCAAAACAUUUAUCGAAAACAUAUUCCAGGAUUUUGUUGUUUGUCAUCUACCUUCAUUUAGUGAAGAGCAACAAAUAGAAUAUCUCACACGUUUCUGGAAGAUAGAAGCCAUCGGCGAUGAACGUAAACGCAAUGGUGUCAAAGACAACAUAACAGAAUUGAUAAAAAGAUUCCGUAGCAUGCUGAAGGAUGAAUCACUGAUAGGAAUCCCAAUGCAAACCUACAUGAUUGCGGUAAUCUAUCGCAGUUCUAUCGUGUCAUCUGAGUUUGAGCUUCCUAAACCACAUACAAUAGGAUUAAUUUAUAAAGAGUUUGUGGGACUUAAAUUUGAGGAAGUUAUAAAGCGUCAUUUUGAUUCUGCCAAUGAAGCACAUAGAAUUGCUAUUGACAAAAGAGAACUAUUUUCUAAGCAUGUUAUUCUGUCGGCAAAACUCUUCGACAACUAUACUGAACAAGAUAGGGAAACAUUCCACGAUCUUCAAUCAUACGGAAUCGUGAGGCUUCAACCUUCGAUGAGUUUCGUCCAUCAUACAUAUUAUGAGUACUUUCUCACUUUGUACGUCCUCACUUACAAAACCGAUUCAAACGGAACAUUCGUUUCAUUCAUGCAACAACAUUUUAGUCCAUCAAGGUUGAAUAUAACCACUAAAUUUCUGGACCAUCAUAUUGACGAAAUAAACCCAAAUGCACAACUUCAAUCGUUGGAUGAUGAGCUACCUGGAGCGGUGUCUAAUGAGUUCGAACCUCCUCCAACGGCACGGUUGCAUACUGAAAAGAUGAAAGAAUUUAAUGAUUAUUUACAAAAACUAUCAGAAAACGAUCAGUGUGUUCUUAUCCGUAACACAAUUAACCAAUCAGUGUUCAACGUUUUCGAAGUUCUGUACGAUAGUUUGCCGUCCGAUACCAAAUCCUCGCUGAAAUUCGGUUUCGGUAAAAAUCGCGGAAAAUGCUGCAUCAAUCUUAAAGCAAUGGGCACGAAUCAAAUUAUCCAGUUGCUAUCGGUUUUGCAGAAGAAGAACCCCGACAACUUCAUUCAGCGGUAUUUAAUUGCUUUCGGCGACGGAGAUGAAGAUUUUCUCGACGUCGCCUGUCGGAAACCAUUUGUACAGGUACUAAACUGGUUGGUAGAUGAUCUACUGCCUAAAAGUGAUGACCAGCAACUAAGUGCCCUUUAUAGCUACGUUAAACGUCGUUUCGAAAAGUAUUUAAUAUUAAUAGUGCAGCACAACAACACCUCAUUCUUAGAGCAAUGUAUCAUACGAUCGAGAGACAUAUGGACAGAUAGGAAAACUACAUACGAGUUUCUACUCAAUCAAAACGUACUAAAAGUUUUCCUAGAAAACGUAGAGAUCAAAUGCGAAACUAAAAAAUGUCUAGUCGAUGAAAGAAUUAAAAUGGUAGGUGUUAUGUACGACUUGUUCAAAUGGGCCAGCAACGAAAACAUUGAACUGACUCAAGAAUGUACCGAUGCAUUUGAUAAAUUAGAUAAUGUAGCCUUAAAAAGUGCCUUUAGUCAAAGAUUUAUGUGAUAUGUUUCUUAUGAACUAAGCAGGUGUAUAAAAUACACGUAUAUCAGCAUUUAGUAAGGAGCUAAAUAUAUUUACAUGUAAUACAAUGAUAAAACGUUUUAAA